AUGGAAGAAGAAAAAUUAGAUUAAGUAACUAUAGAACCUUUAUUCUUUCCAUCCAAAGAGAAUGAAUAAAAGCUUAUUCAAUUUCUCUCUUAAGCUAAACGAUAUAUUCGUAUCUGUGUUUACACAUUCACCAAUAAAAAUAUUGUUGGUAAAAUGUUGUAGAUGAUGAAAGAGAAUCCUGAAUUAAAGAUAUAAGUGAUCACUGAUGAUGCUUAGACCAAGAUACCUUCAUAAAAAGCUAUUUUAGAUCAAAUAUUAGAAGAAGGAAAAGGAUAGGUAAUUAAAUAGCGUUAUUUUUUCUCAGGCUGAAAUCAAACUCGAUAAUUCAACUGUUAGUUUGAUGCAUAAUAAAUAUUUAGUGAUUGAUACCGAUUAUAUAGCUACAGGUUCCUUUAACUGGACUAAGUCUGCAGUUACAACUAACAAAGAAAACUUACUUUUAAUUAAAAGUAAGAAACUUGUACAAUAAUUUGAUGAAAAUUUUUAAUCACUUUGGAAAGACUUUAAAUUCAUGAAUGAUAGAAUAAUAGAAUAAUAAUAACAAGAAAUAGAUAAAGCUGAAAGAUAAAGAUUAAAAGCAGAAAAAUAAGCUGAAUAAGCUGCAAAAAAGGCAGAAUAAGAAGCAAAUGCUGAUCCUAAUAAUCCUAAUCCUAUUCAAGUAGAACCUGAGACUAAACCUAAAAAAGCUCCUAAAGAACCUAAGCCUCCUAAGGAACCAAAACCACCUAAAGAACCAAAACCACCAAAAGAACCAAAAGCUCCUAGAGCACCAAAAGAACCUAAACCUCCAAAAGAACCUAAACCUCCUAAAGAACCUAAACCUAUUAAAUAAAAAAUAAAAAAAGUUGCCUAACCUAAGAAAAAGAAGGAAAGUUAAGAAAAUGAAAAAUUGAGUGAUGAUGUUGAAUAAUUAGAUGUUUAGGAUGAUAUUGAAGAUGAAGAAGAUGAUUUUGUGGAUGAGGAGGAUUCAAUGGAAGACUUUUUAGCAGAUGAUGAUUCUGAAUGUGAUUGAU